CCGGUUCCGAUGUCGUCCUUUAUCCACCCGACCCCCUCCCGAUAUGGUGGCCAUGACUGUCUCCUCUUGGGGAUGAGCCCUUCAUUCCGACUUUGCUUGUUCCUCUCAUCCAACGCUUCCAGUACAUCAUGACAAGACCUCCCGUCGCCAAGCGUGUCGCUGUCAUCGGCGCUGGCCCCGCAGGCGGCAUUGCUGUCGAUGCUCUCGCCCAGGAGAAGUGCUUCGAAGUAAUCCGAGUCUUUGAGCGGCGCGAGGGCCCCGGCGGGUGCUGGAUUGGGGACAGCGCCCCGCCUCCUCCCGUCACUGAGUUUGAGUUACUGGCCUCCCGCACCGCCGACCCGCCCGUGCCCAUCCCCGAAACCCUGCCGGCGACAGCACCCAAACUCACUACGCCGCGCUACGACGAGAGCUCGGUGUACCCGUACCUGCACACGAAUGUCGACGCCCUCCCCAUGGAGUUCACGCAGGAACCAUUCCCCACAGAAGUCAGCGAUGCCAGCGUGCGCGCGCAUGGGUUUGACACGCCAUUCCGCCACUGGAAGGUGGUGCGGGAAUACGUGGAGUCAUUGUUCAACCGCAACGGGUACGCGGAGCUCGUUGAAUACAAUACUUCCGUGGAGCGAGCCGAGAAAGUCGGUGCGGAAUGGCGCCUCACCCUCCGCCGCUCGGGGGCACACGAGGACGAGUGGUGGACGGAGUGGUUCGAUGCCGUCGUCGUUGCCAGCGGACACUAUUGGGUCCCAUACAUUCCGGCUAUUCCUGGAGUCGAGGAGUUCGAGAGGGGCAGACCAGGCAGUGUCAUCCACAGCAAGCACUACCGUGGGCGCGAUGCUUACGCGGGCAAGCGAGUCGUGACAGUCGGCGCAUCUGUGUCGGCAGCAGAUAUCACGAUUGAUCUCGUUGACACUGCCGAGAGUCCAGUGCACGCCAUCAUCAUUGGACGGCGUUUCAACACCUAUUUUGGUGAUGAGGCGUUCAGGCAUCCCCUCAUUGCCGCCCAUCCUUCCAUUGACCGCAUUACCGGCCGCACAGUCCAUCUCAUCGAUGGGAGCACGAUCCCGGACGUCGACCACAUCAUCUUUGGCACUGGAUACAGCUGGUCGCUGCCAUUUCUUCCCCAAGUGCCCGUGCGCAACAAUCGCGUGCCCGACCUAUACCAGCACGUCGUAUGGCGCCAUGACCCGACGCUGCUGUUCAUUGGCGCCGUCGGCGCAGGUUUGACUUUCAAGGUAUUCGAAUGGCACGCCGUGCUCGCGGCGCGUCUUUUGGCAGGGCGCACAACCCUUCCCCCAGUCGCGGAGCAGGAGGCGUGGGAAAAGGACCGCAUCGCUAAACUCGGAGACGGACCAAGCUUCCUGGCCCUUCAUCCUAACUUCGGAGAAUAUUUUGAGACCAUCCGAGAACUUGCAGGUGACGGCGCUCCAGGCGUCGGCAGGAAGCUGCCUCCUUUCAAGCAGGAAUGGCUGGACGCAUUCAUGAGUGGGCACGAGCGCCGCAAGCGAAUGUGGCGACGAUUGAACGCAGGUGGGGCGGAGGCUGUGAGAGAGUGGCGGGCGUAAGGCUUCCCGAGACUCGGGUUCUUCACGCAUGGCGGGCGCUUCUCUCUCCAAUCUCGUCGAUUCUUUGAGCCUUCGGGAAAUAGGUCUCGCUGAAACCUAAACCUGGAUACUGAUCACACGGCAUCCGCCCCCGCGCCCGUCGACAACUUCACCCAGCAAUAGCAUCAGAUAUUCCAUUUUAUUUGACAUACGCUUUCAACAACAAUCGACCUUGUACACCCUACACUCGUAUCGCACCCACUCCACAAUCCCCAUUUCCACGUCAUCUACUGUUGCUACUUGCAAGAGAAGGGCCUGCCAAUGCCAGUCUUUCGAUACGUGCUGACAAUGUCGUCCACCGAUGCCCAGGUGCCGACGCCGAAGAUGAUUAGGCCGCAGAUAAUAAUGAACGCAUUGAGGAUCG